UUUUUUUCUCCUGCGAGAGGUUUAGGCCUAAAGCCAGUAGGGUUUUUAGCAUCGCCGAAGAUCAGGAAGCAAAAUCAAACCGGCGGUGGCUUCAGUCCACAGAGGCUAAUUUUAGGAUCUCACCAUUGGAGAACAGAGAAGGUUAAGCUCCCAAAGCUAGGAUUUUUGAGGAUCUCCCGAGUUUCAGAGAGGUUUUACCCUAGUUCGAGAAGCAAAAAUGUUGACCGCUUUAAUAUACCGAAGAAGAGCAUCUGUUAUCGCCUUCCGAUCAAUCUCAUCCCUCUCUCAUCUCUGGCCUUUUUCUCUCCUCUCCUCCCGCGAUGUCUUCGCGGAUGCUUUCAAAACCUCACCUUUUUUCUCUCUAAGGCGGCUGUUUGCCGUUACAACUGAAUACCCGGCGGUGGAUACAGUAGAUCGCCACAGCCCUUUUAGGUCUUCCGGGGAGUGUAAUCAGCUUGCGGGUGACGGAUUCAACGGCGGCAGCCCUGAUGGAUUUCUCAGAGGUAACCCUAAUUACCAGAAUAGUUACUCGAAUCCUGGUGAGUUUCAGAUGAAGUUUUCUGGGGAAUCCUCUCAAGCUGGUGGUGCUUCUCACCAGAAUGGAGAAGCUUGGAAGCAGAAUCCUGACUCUAAUGGAUUAAAUGUUGCGGGGCAGCUCAUGCCAAACUACAAUUACUACAGUGGGAACUCAGGUGGAAAUUAUCCGAACGAGAGCAGGUUUCUUCAGAAUAGCGGACAGGUUCAUCAAAGCUCCCAUUGGAGCAAUCCACAGUUUCAGACCAAUUUACAGUUGAUUAAUGGAGGAGAAGGUGUUUUUCAGAACCCUAACUAUAUGGAAACGCCAAGUAAAUUUCAGCAGUACCCAAAUGAGUAUCAGCAUGCUUCAAUUCCUUCAAAUGAGAGAACUUUUUCUUUUUCAGAACUCCCUAACCCUAACAAUACUGCUGAUAAUGGUGAUAAAAAUCCAUACAGUGGUACCAUUGAUGAGUUUGAUGAGUUCUGCAGAGAGGAAAAAGUGAAAGAUGCUGUGGAGGUUUUCAAUUUAUUGGUUAAACGCGGAGUCGCCAUUGAUAUACCUCGAUGUUUGCUUUUGCUUCAGUUAUUCGUUGAUAUUAAGUAUUUGGAAGCUACAAGACAAGUUCAUGAUUACUUCUCCAAGAUUAUAGGAAAUGCCAGUGUUCCGGUUUAUAACAAGCUAUUAGAUGCAUACCUCAGGUGCAGUUCGAUUGCUGAUGCUUACCAACUCUUUGAGAAAAUGCCUCAACGAAACCUGACAUCAUGGGACACUAUGAUGAAGGGGCUCGUUCAUGAUGGCCUCGGAGAGGAAGCAAUCGACCUUUUCACCCACUUCAAGCAUUUGGGAUUGGAACCAGAUGGAGGAAUAUUCAAUACCGUUUUCGCCGCUUGCGGUGUGAUUGGAGCCGUCGAUGAGGGAAUGCUACAUUUUAAAUCGAUGGUGAUGGAUUUUGGCAUCCAUCCAUCUAUCGAGAACUAUUCGAGCAUGGUCACCAUGCUCGGAAGUUGUGGUUAUCUAAACGAAGCUUUCGAGUUCAUUGAAAGAAUGCCGGUGGAGCCGACGAUUGAUAUAUGGGAAACCUUAAUGAAUCUUUGUAGAGCUAACGGCGAUACAAAGCUUGGUGAUAGAUGUGCUAAUAUUGUUGACUACUACGACCAUACGAGAUUAACGGAACAGUCUAAAAAAGGACUUUUACCUGUGAAAGCAGUCGAGAACAAGAAGACGAAGAAUUCUGACUCGACUGACUUAGCAAAAAGGUUUUGUAGGCAACGGGAGUAUCGAGCGGGGGAGAGGUCUCAUCCGGAGGAUGACUUGGUUUAUGAACAGAUCAGAGGCCUCUUGCCGCAGCUGAAGGAUGCGGGAUAUGUUCCGGAAAUAAAAUGUGUGCUGCAUGACAUUGAUAGAGAAUCAAGGGAGGAAGCUUUGCUCUACCAUAGUGAAAGGUUGGCUCUUGCUUAUGCGCUCAUGACGACUCCCGCGAGACAAACUGUUCGGAUUAUGAAAAACCUUCGUGUUUGUGUCGAUUGUCAUAAUGCUUUGAAGAUCAUAUCGAAGAUAGUCGGUCGGUUGGUAAUAGCUCGGGAUGCUAAAAGGUUCCAUCAUUUUCAGGAUGGAGAGUGCAGCUGUCAUGAUUAUUGGUGAAGGUAUAACUAACUUUCUAGUGGAAGUCAUAUAAAGAAGAUAUAUUAAUCAUCUAAAUUCUCAGCUGCUAUUUUUUGUAGUUUAUGGGUCAUUUGUGCUUUUCAGUUUAACUAUCACUUUUAAAACAUUCAUUUUCUCUUAUACAUCAGCAAAAUUUUUUGGGGACAAAAAAAUACAUACAUACCACGCCAUUCUUAUGUAUUUACAUAUCUAACAAUUAGCACAUUGGGCGUGUCACCAAUUAAUAAGCACUUUCUUUGCUUGGUUAUUUGUCAGCUGGAUGUUUAGGCC